CCUACAUCAGCGUGCUUUACUGCAAUCAGUCAUAAAGAGCUAUGAGCUGAAGCUAAGAGGGGUAAAUAUUCAGGGGUCUUUGUACAAUACAGACAGCUGAUUUGGCCUGUUGCAUUAGCUAUGCAAAAUUAGCCAGCAGAAGAAAUUACACUCCUAGACUAUACAUGACUUUUGGAUCUCCAGUACAAUCAUCACAAUUCAUGUGGAUUAAAGAGACUUUUAUUCCAGGAAACCCAAACAACCUGUCCCUUUACCAUCAUGGACCCACACUUGUGUUUUCCAGUGGUCGUGCAGGAGAGUUUAGAGUUAAAAACAGAGGAAGACAAGCUGCACACUGAGGGUCAUGUGAUCACCAGAACGUGCAAAUACGAUACAUUUACUGAUGGUUUUCCAGUGGUCGUACCAGAGAGUUUAGAGGUGAAGAUAGAGGAGCCGGAUACUGAAGGCCAUGUGACCUUAUUGAAAAUUGAAACUAAUUCAUCCAAAGUCGAUGAGAUUUUACCAGAGAGUUUAGAGGUGAAGGCAGAAAAAGAAGAGCUGGACCCUGAGGAUCAUGUGACCAUUAUAAAGAUGGAAAUUGACACAUUUACUAUGGAUUGUUUUCAAGAGAGUUUACAGGUGAAUUCAGAACCAGAAGAGCUGGAUACUGAGGAUCAUGUGACCACAAUAAAUCAUGUGACAGAUGAUGAGAACAUCUCGAAUAUUGCAUAUGAACAGCAGCCGAUAGCAAGAUCUAGAUUGAUCUCACACAGUCCUGACAACUAUUGCCAAAUGUUAGAUAUAUCCCAGCAGACAUUGCAAGAGCAUGGUGAACUAGCAGAAUGUGCAGCAAAUAUGGCUUAUGCGGAGAGUAACAAAGGCCUGAUAGAAAAAGAUCUUCUUUUAUGUCACCAAAAGACUCCAUCAGAAGAUAAACCGUUUGCAUUUACAGAGUGUUCAAACUGUUUUGCACAAAAUGAAAUUUCACAACAUGUGAGUCACACAGGGGACAGACUAUUCGCUUGUACAGAAUGUGGAAAAAGCUUUGAAGGCCAAUCGGGUCCCCUAACACACCAAAGGAUUCAGACAGAAAGGAAAGUAUACACAUGUGCGGAGUGUGGGAAAUGUUUCAGAACAAAGGGUAAUCUCACACAGCAUGAAAGGAUUCACUCAGGGGAGAGACCAUUUGCUUGUACAGAAUGUGGUAAAAGUUUUGUUGAGAAAUCUAAACUCCUAAGACAUAAUAAAAUUCACACAGGAGAGAAGCCAUUCACGUGCACAGAGUGCGGGAAAAGCUUUGCACACAAGGUGUAUCUCCAGAAGCACCAAAAUGUUCACACAGAUAUAAAAUCCUUACUGUGUGCAGAAUGUGGAAAAAGCUUUACAUACAAGUCUGAGCUCUUAAAACACCAAAGGAUUCACACAGGGGAGAGGCCGUUCACUUGUAGAGAGUGUGGGAAAUGUUUCACGCAAGAAUGUAGUCUCUUAUACCAUGAGCGGUUACACACCGGAGAGAGGCCAUUUGCAUGUACAGAGUGUGGGAAACGUUUUACACAAAAGUCUGAUCUAGUGAAACACCAAAAGAUUCACAUAGAUGAGAAGCCUUUCACUUGUACAGAGUGUGGGAAAUGUUUCAGACUAAAGAGUAAUCUCGCAGCUCAUGAGAAGAGUCACACAGGCGAGAAACUCUUCACUUGCUCAGACUGUGGUAAAAGCUUCACAUACAAGAGAGAUCUACUGAGACACCAAAAGACUCACGCAAGAAGGUAGAAACUAACCAUCUGGCACAAAUACUUGUGGAAAACAUAUUUCUCUUUUUAGGGAAAUCAGUAAUUUUUUAUGAAUAUGCAUAGUAUAUAUCAGCAAUUACCUUGUGACUACAAUACUUGUCUUGCAAUAAAUUAACAUACCAACCGUGUUUGAAUUAA